AUGAAGUAUCCACUUCUGUUAUUGGGAAGCCUGAGUUUGGCCCACGGCCUGGCCCUUUACUAUCCGUAUGCGUACUCCGCCGAGGGAACCGCCGUGUUCACGCCCACCCAGCGGCAGUAUAUCGCCAAGGAUCGGUUUGGUCAGUACGCCUAUGGCUACUCGGAACCGUUGUCCAGCAAGCAGGAGACCCGCACCAUUGACGGAACCACUCAAGGAACCUAUAGCUACGUGGAUGCCGAGGGAAAACUCCAGACCGUUAACUAUUUGGCCGACAACGAAGGUUUCCAUGUGGCAGCCACUAAUCUGCCAAAGGCCAUAGUGCCCCAGGAGUCGCUUGGAAUUGGUCCCAGAAGUGCGUCGCAUCCGGUGGAACAUCCUGUGGAGCAUCCCGCGGUGGUGCCACAUCCUGUCAUUCCGCAUCCAGUUGGCCAGCAUCCCGUUGAGAUUCACCACCCGACUGUGGUGGAGAGCGCCCGAAGUGUUCAGCCCGAGGGACACCAUCCAGUGGAGCAUCACGACCACUCCGUACCCGUAUCCGGAUCUCCUGGUGGCCAUGUCCAAUUGCCUCAUCCCGUUGCUGACACCGUGGAAGUGGCGGCGGCCAAAUCUCUGCACCUGAAACGCGUCGAGGAUGAGGGUGUCCGCAACCAGCUGCUGGCCAAGGUUCCAAUCCCAGUGGCCAGAAGCCACCAUGUGGUGGUUCCUGCUCCUGUCUACGGAUACACCAUUCCCCGUGCACAUCCAGACUCACUGAAAAGCAGCCUGAUUAAGUUCUUGCAUUGCGGCAUUGCGGAACGUUGUUGGUUGUCUCCGAGCAUGUCCACAUCCGAUACAAUACGAUACGAUACGGGACGUAAAUACACAAAUAUCACGCUUAAGAAGAUGCAGUUCCUCAAUCUUUGUCUGAUUUUCACCACCAUUGUUUUGGCCACAGGAUCACCGACCUUGGAGUAUGGAGCACCACCAAGUUCGGAUACGAUCAGUCAGUAUCACACCCAGGAUGAGCAUGGUCAGUAUGCAUACGGUUACAUGGCUCCACUGUACUCCAAGCACGAAACCCGCACGUUGGAUGGUGUGAUCCGGGGAACCUUCUCCUAUGUGGAUGCCCAUGGUGAAACCCAGACUGUGGACUACAUCGCCGAUGCCGAGGGUUUCCAUGUGACCUCCAAUCUGCCCAACCAGCAGGCCAAUCGGGAAACACCGGAGGUGGCUGCUCUCCGGGCUCAGCAUCUGGAAGCCCAUAACCAGGCCAAGUUGAGGUUAGCCGGCGACUCCUCCGUCGGUCCUCAGCCCGUUCAGGAUACUCCCGAGGUAGCUGCUGCCAAGGUGGCGUUCUUCAAGCGUUUCGAAGCCGAGAAGCUGCGCAAUCAAUUGCUCGCCGAGAAGAAGGUCGUGGUGCUAGCACCUCCAUCUUCCAUCGCCGUUCGCUCCCAGCCGAUAUAUGUCUACCAGCCCACCACAGGAUUCGUCUACAACUAUCAGGCCAAGACCCAGGCUCAAGUUCCCUCCAGAAACUACCUGCCAUUGGCCUAA